GAAAUCUCCCCCAAUGCGGAAAUAGAAAGGGGGAUUCCUGGUGCAGGUUAGCUUGGCGCUGUCGCUUUGACAGACAACCACAUCAGAAGAAUGUCAGAACUACCGAUGGGAAAUUAAUUUCAUCAGAUUUUAAUAGAAAUACAACCUGGAAGUGGAGUCAGUUGCGGAAAAUACGCUUGGUCUGCCACAGUCAACCCAGAGCUAAAUUAGCUAAAACCAACUAGCAAUACGUAUACACAUAAAAGCAGCAUGGUACAGCCCCAGACAGACACCUGGGACAUGGCUGGGGACGAGGGAGGCGGGGCUCUCCGGGUUCCACCUGAGCUGGCAGCCAAUGAGGUGGUGACCAGACUACUGGGAGACAACCAGCAGCUCCGAGAGGCGCUGCAGCGCAGCAACCAGGCCCUGCGUCAGCGCUGUGAGGAGAUGGAGGAAUGGCAACGGAGGUCUAGAGAAGAGAGAGAGUUCCUCAGCUGUCGUUUCCAGGAGGCCCGGGCGCUAGUGGAGAGACUGGCCAGAGAGAACCAUAGCCUCACCAGCCUGGCCAGCCCCUCCAACCCCGGAGCCAACCAAGGCCUGCUGGUCAACGGCCCCAGUUUCAGCCAGGACUCCUGCCCCAACUCCACCAACUGCAGCUCCAAUGGGGGUCCUGGGAGGGGAGGGGAGCAGGAAAAGAGCUCAGAGACCAACGGAACCAUGGCAACCUCACUGGUGACAGAGAGAGUGAUGGAGAAGAGAGCAGAGGAGAAUGAACAGAUGAUGCUCCACAGCUUGCCCUCAGAAAGAGGGAACGGGUUUCUCCAGCUGCUGAAGAGCCACAAAGAGAAGUUGGAAGAAGGGAUGAGAGAUCUGAGGUUGAGGAAUGAAGAGCUGGAGAAAGAGAGGGAUGAGGGAAAGCGGGAGAGAGACUGCCUUCGUCGCUCAGUUGAGGAACUCGAAACCAAGCUGGUUAAGGCACAGAGCUGUGGUGUUACCGAGGAAACGGUUCAGCAUUCCGAAGCCCCUCCCCCAUCUGACAGCUCCCACCUGGCCAAACUCACAGAGCAGCUACAGGCCACACAGUGCAGGUACAGAGAGCUGCAGGAGCAGUUAGAUUCCCUCCAGAAGAGUUCAGCUCAGAGAGACAGAACUGAAGUGCUGCUUAAACAGAAGGACAAAGACUGUGCCCAGCUGGCUAAGGAUGGCGAGGCGCUGAAGGCCCAGGUGACCUCUCUUCUGGGUGAGCUGAGAGAGAGACAGAGCUGUCUGGACCAGAGUCAGCAGGACCGCAACAUACUGGACGACAAGCUGAGCAGUACUCGGGAGGCGUUGGCAGCAUCAGAGAGAGAGAUGGAACAACAAAGGAAGCAGCACUCUGUGACAGUAGACAAACUGCUGCUGCAGACACACAACCUAGAGACCGCCCUGAAGACUGACCGCCUGGUUAUUACUGAGGAGAGGAGGAAGCUCGCCCAGCUGCAGCACGCCUACACCUGUCUGUUUAAGGACUACGACUCCAAACUAAAGACUGAGGGAGGAGACAUGGUUGUUCGUCUGGAGGAGGCAGAGCGAGCUUUGGCUCUGAAACAGGAUCUGAUUGACAAGCUGAAGGAAGAGGUGGAGCAACAGAGAGGAUCUCUAGAGACCGUUCCUGUUCUGACUGCCCAGGCUGAGAUCUACAAGGCAGACUUCCUAGCGGAGCGGGAGGCCAGAGAGAAGUUGAACCAGAGGAAGGAGGAGCUUCAGGACCAGCUGAACAAAGCACUGGCUGAGCUGGAGCGUCUGAGACAGGAGGGGACCUCACGGGCUCGUAUGGAGGAGAUGCAGCAGAGACACCUGGAGGACUUCAUACCACGACCCAACAUCCCCCCACAACAAGGUGUUGCCUUUAACACGGCUCCUCCCCCUUCCUCCUUCCGCAGCGUGGGAUUGGCUGCAGGAGUGGCAGGGGGUGUCUCUGGAGGCGGGGCUGAAGAGCUUCCUGACUACCGCUGUCCAAAGUGCCAGUACCAGGCCCCCGACAUGGACACACUGCAGAUACAUGUCAUGGACUGUAUCCAGUAACACACACACACACACACACACGUAAUCACUCACACUAGUGAUGAGCGGGUCAGCUGUUUGUUCACCCACACCCGCCUGCAGUUGCUAAUCACCCAUCACCAACCGCCCGACUACAGGUGAUAAAGAGAAGGUCUGAGGCCGUUACCCUAUAACCCGCUAAUAUAGAAAAUGGGCUGAAGGUACAGUCAAAGAUUUGUUAUGCAUUCUUCUUUGACAGGCCUUUUUAUUUAGGACUAUGUUUCUGCUUCUUACCAAAGUGUGUAGGCUAUUUGUUCGUCAACUGAUGUUGAAUUAGAUACAUGCAGCUACUCUUCUGUCAUUAUGUUAACCUCGAAGACAACCCCUUACUCACCAGAAUAAAUCAGUAGAAUGAAUGCUUCAAUCUAUUUGAUAUCGGUCAAGUUUGUGUUCACAGGAACUGCGUUUAGGGACCGGGGAGAAAAUGCAAUAAUUCCCCCCCCAAAAAAAAUACAUGAAAGAUUUUCUGUGCAAAAUUUCCAAAUUAAAUCAGUUUGACCAGUUUUAAGGACAUUUAAAGCUGUUAAAACAACCAAACAUGUUUCUGAUCAGAUUUCAGUUCGGCUUGGAUGCGUAUUUUAAGUGGUUGAAAUAAUGUCAGCUUUUAUGAUGCUGAUAAAGACAGCACCUCUACAGACGGUCCCUAGCCGUACAUUCUCUCAAAAUACUGAAAGGUAAGAUAGAUUUCUGCACUCCGAGUCGAAAUGUACAUUUGGUGUAUAAUUUUACAGCAAGAAAUCCUUAAUUCUCCAGGAGUUCAUAUUAAGGCUAUGUGAAAGGUUAUAGACCUGUAGUUAGUCCACAUUUCAGUUCAACCCAUCUGAACAGCAAGCUACAGUUCCCUUGACGUGCCAUAGGCCUAUUUGAAGUCCCCAUCUUGUGACUGUCUAAUUUGUACAGCGCCUCACAUUCAUCACACGUAACAUUCACUGCUGUCACCCUCUUUACCCACGUCACUAAAUCUUCCCCAAACAUUACUGUUCUGGUCCUCCCUUCUCUUUAUUUUCAACUCUCCAUUCCACAGCUUUUCUCUUAUUGAAUUAAACUCUGACAUUGUCCUUUUUUGCUCAGUGGAUCGACAUUUAACUUUUUCUGCCCAAGUUCCCAAAAACUACAGUUAGGUCCUAAAGCUGAGACGGACACCAGAUACUGUUAGGUCCUAAAGCUGAAAUUGAAAAUGGGGAAAUUACAUUCUCUAAUUAUUUCAUAUUUUUUUAAACAUUUUGUCAGGAAAUGCAGCUUUGUCUAAAGCUCUGCUGUUGUGCAGUGGUUGCACAGCCUUUCCUCUACAGGGAGCCAGGUUUUCCUGGGUCUGCCCUUCUCAAUGGCAAGGCUGUGCUCACUGAGCCUGUACUUUGUCAAGGUUUUUCUAAGGUUUUGAUCAGUAACCAUGGUCAAAUAGUUAGCCACGGUGUACUGUUGAUUUAGGGCCAGAUAGCACUGCUUUGUGCUUGUGUUUCCCAGUAAGCAAUGUAGUGUUGUUUGACUGUUGUAAUUUGGUUUAUUCUGAUUGAUUGGAUGUUCUGGUCCUUGGGCUUCAGUGUGUUAGUAGAACAGGUUUGUGGCCCCAGGACCAGCUGGAUGAGGGGACUGAGGCUUCAGUGUGUUAGUAGAACAGGUUAGUGAACUCAGGACCAGCUGGAUGAGGGGACUGAGGCUUCAGUGUGUUAGUUGAACAGGUUUGUGGCCCCAGGACCAGCUGGAUGAGGGGACUGAGGCUUCAGUGUGUUAGUUGAACAGGUUUGUGGCCCCAGGACCAGCUGGAUGAGGGGACUGAGGCUUCAGUGUGUUAGUAGAACAGGUUUGUGGCCCAAGGGCCAGCUGGAUGAGGGGACUGAGGCUUCAGUGUGUUAGUAGAACAGGUUUGUGGCCCCAGGGCCAGCUGGAUGAGGGGACUGAGGCUUCAGUGUGUUAGUAGAACAGGUUAGUGAACUCAGCCCCAGGACCAGCUGGAUGAGGGGACUGAGGCUUCAGUGUGUUAGUAGAACAGGUUUGUGGCCCCAGGACCAGCUGGAUGAGGGGACUGAGGCUUCAGUGUGUUAGUAGAACAGGUUUGUGGCCCCAGGGCCAGCUGGAUGAGGGGACUGAGGCUUCAGUGUGUUAGUAGAACAGGUUUGUGGCCCCAGGGCCAGCUGGAUGAGGGGUCACUAUAUUUUAAAUGUUUCCAAAACUUAAUUGCUCUUUUUUGAGUUUUUAUUAUUAGUGAAUAUUGGCCUAAUUCUGCCCUGCAAGCAUUGUUUGAAGUUUUCCUCUGGACAUGUAGGAGAAUCUUACAAAACUCUGCAUGCAGGGUUUCAAUGGGGUGUUUGUCCCAUUUGGUGAAAUCUUGUUUUGCAAGUGGACCCCACACCUCGCUGGCAUAAAGUGCAAUUGGUUCAAUGACACAUUCAAUUAGUUUUAGCCACAUUUUAAUAGGUAUUUCAAUUUGAAUUUGUUUUCUUAAUGGUGUAGAUGCCCUGCAUGUUUCUCUCUCAAUUCAUUCACUGCCUCAUUAAGGUGUCCAGUUGAGCUUAUUUUAAACCUCAGUAAUUGUAGUGUGUGCAGUACUCUCUAUAUUUUGUACUAAUUGAGAACUUUGGUCUAAUUCCCUGAGAUCUGGAUCUUCUAUGGAAAGUAAUGAUUAUUUUCUGCAUUUUUGGGUUUUGCUCUCCCUCUUUCUCGCCCUCUUUCCCCAAAUCUCUCCCUCUCUCCAUCGCUCCAUCUCUCCCUCUUUCUCGCCCUCUCUUUCCCCAUCUCGCCCUCUCUCCCCCCAUCUUGCCCUCUCUCCAUCCCUCCAUCUCCUUUCAGAUGGUAUACUGGAACAGCAUGUGGGAAUGAGUCUACCUGACCUCUAACCCCAGUGGUGUCUAUUAGAAUAUAAGCACAUGAUAAUCCACCAUUCCCAUUUGUGUGAAUAUUUUCUGUAGUUUUAUGAGUCGUUCAGGCCAGAUAGUGUUUUAUAUUGUUGUAUUGGAGAGGUAAUAAAUAUUACAAAGUGAA